AUGAGUGACGAAGAUGUGACAACCGACGUCGGAGCUAUAGUGGUAGUUCUAGCCGGUAUAGCGGUCGGGUUACGCUUCUACUCGCGGUACUAUACAAAGGCUGGCUUCAAAUGGGAUGACUGGCUUAUACUAGUGGCAUUGGUAGCUACGAUUCUGACCGACGUGUUGGUACUGUACGCGACCAGCGUGAAUCCGGAUGGCGCCGAGGUGGCAUCUAACACAGACCCCAGCUACCAAUACACACCCGCAGAUGUCGAGUUCACCAAACUGAGCUACAUCGGGACAGUGCUCUACUUCACCAUCACUUCUGCGACUAAAGUAUCUAUUCUACUGAUGUAUAACCGGCUGUUUUCUGUCGACGCCUCGUUUCGUCGUCAAGUCAUCAUCGUUGCCGCGGCUGUAGCAGGCUUCUGGAUCGGAUGCACUGUCGCCGAUCUGCUCAAUUGCAUUCCGCUCGAAUGGACAUGGAAUAAUGCGCUUGAUGACCCACGGUACUGCUUCAAUUAUAACGUCUUUUGGCUCACCAGCGGUAUCGUGGAGGCUUGUUUAGAUAUCGUGAUUAUCAUCAUGCCUGUUAGGGUAGUGAUAGGGUUAAGUCUGAAUAAAAGCAAGAAAUUUGCUGUUGCGGGUGUGUUCUUGUUAGGCGUCUUCGCCAUUCUUUCAGGCGUCGUCAAAGUUAUUCUGAGUUAUGUACCUGGAAGCCGCGAGCCGUCGUUUGGUAGGACUGAAGUAUGGACGACAGUGCACUGCUGCACGGGUAUAGUCUGUGCAUGUCUUCCGAUAUGCUGGCCUCUGUUUACCCGGGCUGUGAAACUCAGUCCGAGUAGUUGGCCUGGAGUUUCUUCAAUUCGAAAGCAUUGGUACAGCUUCAGCGGCUGGUCAUCGGUGGAAAGGAGGAGUGUACAGAGAAACACUACGCCACAACACGAUGAAAACACAGAUGAUAGUGUGGGAGGAUACGAGCUACCGAUAUACAUCCCUGAUACUGGGGGGGUUGAGGUAUCAUUUGAGGGAAGUCAUGAGCAGCAACACAUCCACCACGGACACUCCCUUGCACCCUAUAUACCAGAACCAUAUAUACCAGAACCGACAUACUGGAUGCCUUACUUCGAUGACGACCUAGAUGACAAGCUUGGAUAUCUAGAAGCCGGCAACUUCUCCUACGGGUCCUUGGUAGAGGACAUCCUGUUCGCCGAUGAAAGCGAGAUCGAAAAGCGAAACGUCAUAACUGAUAAGCUCUCCCAAGCCGCCAACAAGGUUGCCGAGAAGACCGAAGAGCGGGCGAAGACGGUUGUCCAAGACGCCAAAAAGAACAUCGUCAAGACUGCUACCACGAUAUACGAGGUCGGCAAGAUUGUCGCUGAAGUUGGCAAAAAUAUCCUGACUGGCGAGCCCAACAAAUUCGAGAAGGACUUCGACAAGCUGCUCCUCCCUCUCACCGCUAAGGAAUGCGACAAUGCCAAGACUGCCGAUGAGAAGAAAAAGGUGGCAAAUGCCUGUAAGCCCAAGGGAGGCGUCAAGAUUGUCCAGAGCCCGUGGGGUGACGCGGUUCUGAUCAAGACGAUCGGUGAGCUCCCGUCCCCCCAGAACCUGCGGCCCUCGGGAAGUAAGAAACAGACAUCCUUGACCAAGGGCAAUUUCAUCAGCUUCUACUGUGUCAAGUGCGGCCUUACGGGAUCAUUGAAGACAAAGGGCAACAUCACCAUUGAAGUUACUAGAGGUAUCACCGAUGGUCACUUUGUCGCGGAAAUGAACUUCAACAUUGAUGUCGGUCUUGGUAUCCACGCCGAGUACUAUCGCGAAGCCACUUUCAGGAACAACUUUUAUGAUAUCCCUGUUACGCCGUUCACUGUAGGCUUUGCCAGUGUUGGUCCUGUCAUCUCAAUCGGCACCGAGCUCAAGUUCAGCCUUGCCGUUCAGUUUGGCGUGCUGGUUGGUCUGGAACUUGCUAUAACCACCUUCAACGGCUGCACGAAGUGCGAGGGGGCUGUUGGUGUCGAGACCGUUCCGUCAAUUAAGGCUGCCGCAGUAUUAGCGGUUCAAGCCAGCUACAAUGCCACGGAUAAGAGCUUUGAUGCUGGGUUAAAGGCUACUAAUAACUGUUCCGGAAUUUCCACUGCGCUUAGCGUCAAGAACGAUGUUAAUGCUUUUUACAACGGCUUUGGCCUCGUUAAGGGUAGCAUGAGUUUAUGGAAUGGUACCGACCAUAUCCUCGCUUCAAACAAAACCGACGGCACCAGCAAGGGCAGACUCGGACUCCAGAGCCGAUUGGAAAUCUCCGACGCCGCGUACACCCAGCUCAGGGGGCGAGCCUCGUACAACUCGACUAGCAAUAGCUCCCAGCUCUACGACCUGACGGAAUAUGUGAUCGAAGCUGAUGCAGACCUUGGGUUUCCCGGACUCCAACUUGCUGACAUCCCCUAUAAUAUCGACGAAAGCGAAUUCGAUGGCUACUGGUACAGCACCCUUAGCCUAAACGGUACUAAUGGAGAGUACACCCUUGCCGCAUGCGACGAUGGCAAUCUAUACAUCCAGAAAAACGGAACACAGAACUCGCUCCCAUACCACAGCACCUGCACAACGCUGUGGUCUGGAUACGAAGAUGUUGUUUUGGCGACGCCUAACAGCGGCGUCCUCCACUACUACAACAACACCAUGUCUAAGCUCGGUGUUAGUCGUCUCCGUACAGCUGACGAAACGGAGCUUCCAGCAACUGCUGCCUAUGUUGCGCUUGCUCCCUUCUACUACACCGAUGAUGAAAGCGAGAAUGCGCCAAGCAUGCUAGCAGCCACCGACACCAACAACGAGAUCUUCUUCCCAGCAAUCUGCACAUACAAGAACGCAUCAGCAGGCACCAAGGUUAUCACCAACGGUGAAGUCGACGACUGCUACGUGCUCUUCCUAGAGAUCACGGACCGCGUCGACGGCGACUGGGCCGACUACGACGAAGAUGCUGAGGAGGAGUACGAGAGCAAUGCUAUCCAGCUUGAAUUUGACGACUCCCUAGUCGACGCGGAGGGCGAAUUGACUCUGAACAGCAACGAUACGCUCCCGUACCAAGACGAAGAGGCUCUAAACAACUUCGAUGAGGUCUUUGCUGACGAUGACGAAGGGGACGCUGAGGAACGGGAUGAGGACUCGGAUUACCUCGACAGGUUCGGCGACUACUACGAUGUUAUCAAUAGUGAUGACGAAGGCAGCUCUUAA